GUCCACGGCGGCGGCGGCUGGGGCAGCAGCGGACGGGCGACCGAGCAGGGCGGCGGCGGCUCCGGUUCUUUUGCGGCGCACCUGGCCUCUCAGCCACAGCCCAGAGCAGAUUGUCAUUCACUUAAGGACAGAGAAACCACAGGACUCAAGGGGGCCACAGCCCUGAUUUGGGGAGCCAGACUUGUCUUGGCGUGACAGCUGCUCAGUGGGUUCGUUCCAUCAUAGCCUGGCUUGGUGAACCUGAAUCAGAAGCGGUAUCUCAGGUUUGCUGGCAUGGGAAACUUGCUCAAAGUCCUUACCAGGGAAAUUGAAAACUAUCCACAUUUUUUCCUGGAUUUUGAAAAUGCCCAGCCCACAGAAGGAGAGAGGGAAAUAUGGAACCAGAUCAGUGCCGUCCUCCAGGAUUCCGAGAGCAUCCUCGCAGACCUGCAGGCUUACAAGGGCGCGGGGCCAGAGAUCCGAGACGCAAUUCAAAAUCCCAAUGACAUUCAGCUUCAAGAGACAGCUUGGAACGCAGUGUGUCCUCUGGUUGUGAGGCUAAAGAGAUUUUAUGAGUUUUCCAUAAGGCUAGAAAAAGCUCUUCAGAGUUUAUUAGAAUCUCUGACCUGUCCACCCUACACGCCAACCCAACACCUGGAGCGGGAGCAGGCCCUGGCAAAGGAGUUCGCGGAAAUUCUGCAUUUCACUCUUCGAUUCGAUGAGCUGAAGAUGAGGAACCCGGCUAUUCAGAAUGAUUUCAGCUACUACAGAAGGACAAUAAGUCGCAAUCGCAUCAACAACAUGCAUCUAGACAUUGAGAACGAAGUCAACAAUGAGAUGGCCAACCGUAUGUCCCUCUUCUACGCAGAAGCCACGCCCAUGCUGAAAACCCUGAGCAAUGCCACAAUGCACUUUGUCUCCGAAAACAAAACCCUGCCAAUAGAGAACACCACAGACUGCCUCAGUACGAUGACAAGUGUUUGUAAAGUCAUGCUGGAGACGCCGGAGUACAGGAGCAGGUUCACGAGUGAAGAAACACUGAUGUUUUGCAUGAGGGUGAUGGUUGGGGUCAUCAUCCUCUACGACCACGUCCACCCCGUGGGAGCUUUCUGCAAGACGUCCAAAAUCGAUAUGAAAGGCUGCAUAAAGGUUUUGAAGGAACAGGCCCCGGACAGUGUGGAGGGGCUGCUGAAUGCCCUCAGGUUCACUACAAAGCACUUGAAUGAUGAAUCGACUUCCAAACAGAUUCGAGCAAUGCUUCAGUAAAGCUCUGCUCAAAGAAGAGGAUCUAUGUACUGACCUCAGAAGAUGUAUAUGUUUACAUAAUUUAAUACAGAUUGAUGUUAAUACUUGUGUAUUUACAUAACCGUUUCCUUCUUGUCACUGAAAUAUAUGGACCUUAAUUUGUAUCUUGACUGACUCAACCCAGCAGUGCAUAAAUUGACUUGAGAGCCUUACCUUUGAUGUCUAAAACAAAACUGCCUUCUCCAAAGGCAAAAUUUGGAGACUUUGAAAUUCGCUACUGGAGUCCUUUAACUACACCUGUAACAAUCAGAAAUUGCUAAUAGUUUGUGGUAUUGUUUUACUUCUAGAUGUGUAAUCUCUCUGGGAAGUAUAGUUAUAGAAACACAAAGUAUUUGACUUCCUGUGUCGGCUCAGCUACUAGAAACACAACUGUUAUCCUGACAGAGGGAGAGAGAGGAAUCUAAGAAAAGACAAAUGCAUGUGGAGACUCCGACCCAAGUGUUUUGAAUUCAGCACACCCCCUCUCUUUCCUCAGAUUGCAAGCCACACGUGCAGCCUUUCUGUUGGCACGUAUUUUAUUCAUCAGCAUAUUCCCUUUCUGUCUAGAUUUAUAUUCCUCUUAAGUUCGCUUUCAGUUUUGCAAGAGGAACAUCACCUGUGUUUGAGUUAGUUAGUGGGAGAGAAGCAAAAAUAGGUGUGCUGGCAUAGGUGGGCUGAUGAAGGUGGUUGUGUUGGAAGUGGGGGACAAGUUGUGGGGGACAGGCAACAGGGCAGUCAUCUUUCUGCUUCAUUCUCUGUCCACAGGGGCAAGGAAUGGAGCUCUGGCUUUGAAAUGGUGGGUAAGUUUGCUGAGAGUGCUGGGCACACAGCCCCUCCCAAUAGGAGCCUUGUUUUCAGUGGACCAUUCAUGUGACCACAGAGGUCUAGGGCACUUCAUUGAUGACCAGAAAAGUGGGGGCAGGGGACAGGUUUGGAGGGAGAAAAACAUCUGUGUUUUCUGGUUAUCUGGUAUUUAAAAGGCAGCUCCUCUCUGACCCCAUUGCUAGCUUGUUGCAAUGUAUAAAGCCUAGUCCAAGUUCCCGGAUUUAGUCCUAGCUCUACUGACUCACAGUGUGAGCUUGGGACGUUCACCUAAGCUCUCUGUGUCUCACCUUUCUCAUCCAUAAACUGGACAGUGAAAACAGGUAAUCUCCAAGAGCCCUAUAAGACUAUGAGUCAUUAAAAUAAGUGACUCCUACAUUCUUCCUUAGUGAGUCCAGUAAGCAUCACCCCCACUUUAUCACCAUGAAUAACGAUAUGACAAAGCCUGGAGUCAUUCUGUCUGCAGAUCAGAGCUCAAAAUGGAAUCUUGCAAAUCUAAUCUCCAAUGGAAAAAUGAGACAGAGGAUGAAGUCAAACACGACCCCCCCACACUUCAUCCACCCCAAUAUAGGACUAGAACCCAGGGUACCUCACGCCUGACUCCAUGCUCUUUCUUUUUCACCAUGUGGCCUAUGCAUACAUAUUAUGGGAUGUGACUGGAUACUUUAAAUUCUCAGUCUGGCCUGUAUAAUUUUUACCUAUUUCUGAUAGACGGAAAGAGUUAACCAGUGAAUGAUAAUUCCAGAAAUUGGGUCUGGGUACAUCAGAGUUUGGCAUCAUUCACAGUGUCCCAAGAAAUGAGCUAUCACACCAUUGCUUUCUAGACUUUAGUGGCCAGCUGGCAUUCCCUUGAGUCCUGCAAGAAAAGGGGAGAUAUACAUUUGUUUUGUUUUGUUUUUAACAAAGAAAUCCAGUCAAAUGGCAGAACAGAUUCCAUGGUCUCUAUCUAAAUGUCAGUCAAUGGAGAAAGGAAAGACCCUUUUCCGUAAAGCGUUUCAAGCUGAACCAGUAUAGCUGCUUGGAUGGGGUUUCUCUCAUCAGAACAGAAAUGCACUAGAUGGCCUUCAAGACCUUUUCAAACCUAGGGAUUCUAAAAUCCCAGAGGAAUUCAGAAAACAGGAUUAACACUGGGUGAACACAUUCAUUAAAUAUUCAUCGUAAGAAACAUUCUUCUAUUCGGCAUCCACUUGUUAUUCUUGGGCAACAACUGUCAAGACUAGAAAUACAAAGGCACUGAGUGGUUCUCCUCAUUGGGUCCAUUCUCCUCCUUUAUCAGGUGAGGAGAUUAAGUCUUGCAUAGAGGAAUGGACUUACAGAGUAAAUAGUUGAGCACAUCUAUAACUUUUAAUUACACUUUCUAUCAAAUGGGACCAAACAUAACGUAGGGGCUGCUGGCCUGCCCCAUUUUAGCCAGGUCACCUUGUCUCAAAGCCGCCUCACCAGGACAGGGAUUCUCAAAAGCCCAGGGUCUGAACUGUUGCCUCUGAUUAUCAGCAGGACAGGUUAACUGAAUGUCUGUGAUCAAGAACAGAUGAGGGACCUUGGGUCCACUCCAAAGCUGUUGUGGGAGACACAUUCUUUCAACAGACUGUCCUCUAGGCACCUGGAGUCGUGAGCGGUCAUGUUCCUUUGUGCUGCAUGUACCUGUAUCCAAGACCCAUGCGUGGCUCAGAAGGAAAAGUGCUAGCAGCAGCAGCCAUGUCAAUGUUAAUUAUAUUUCAUAUUUGAUGUCUCAUAGUUUUCAAAUAAACAGUGUUUUCCAUUACUCGGAUACUUAUUGUUGGGCAAGCAACAAGCUGGACAUUACAUUUCUCUGAUGCACUGCUGUUUUGGCAUUAUAACUUUGUUCUUAGAAACGUUUCAUGUGCCACCAGGAAUGAGAUGUGAAAAAACAAAUAGCCAUGAAGGUUUGAAUUGGGGUGACUCAUUCUGGCUGGGGUAUUCAUUAACAACCAAAAAGAUUCCUGGAUACUGGAUUUUAACUUUAGUUCCUAUCACGCUUCAUCAACAUUUGCCACAUUUGCCCCUAGUCAUCACCGUUACAUCAAGAUAUUAAUGGGGAACUGAAAUUUUUGAGACAUCGUCACAUUUAAGUAAAAAUAAUUUCAUGCUUCCUCAAAAGAAAGAUGAAGCCUACUCAAUUUUUGGAUCCUUGUCCAAUAGAAUUCAGAGACUUCUCAUUCAAUCUUGCAUCCUAGACAGCUGUGAGUUUUUCUACAUGUUAAUAAUAAAUAUUGGAAUUUUAUCUUAAAGAAACAAACAUUUUGGAUCUCAAUUGCCCCACUACCUUUAUAAAGGCUGUUGCAUACACAACACUGUUUUCAAGUUGUCAUACGUUUUUUGCUAAAGUCAUUGUAAUUUUUUCUUUUGCCUGCUUUGCCUCUUUUUGUACAGAAGUUUUGGGUGUGAAAUGAAAAUUAAAGUUUGGUACAUAUAUUUAAAAAUACACGUCUGUUUUAUGUGACGUUCAAGGUCGAGUGGGUGAUCAGCACAUGAUCGUGAUACAUGCCAAAUAUAGAUAUUUGCUAAACAACUGUUGUGGGGACCAGGAAAUCAUACCGUCUCUCCUGGACUUUUCUAUGCCUCAGUUUCUUUAUAUACAACAUGAAAUACCCAGAAAUGUACUGCUCUUUGUAUCAGCUAUAUCUUAUUUACUUCAGCAAAGACUCUUCAUU